GCAGCUCUGAAGGCAGUGCGGCAGGUUUAAAUGUCAGCUGCCCUGUUGGCUGCAUGUGGCGUGGCACUGAACCUGUCACCCACCUUUUUUGAGGCUGUUUUUCUGGACUGUAAAUGGGUUAAGGGGGAAACUCUUAUUGGGUGACGGUGAGCGUUCAAAGGCUUCGAUGAGCUCGCUGCCUGGUAUCUUAGAGAAAGUUAUCAUCACAGGAAACCAAUCUUCUUGGCGUUGCCGUUGCUGUGUGUAUAUCCUCGAACCCACAGAUUGAUGACAAGUUUGCCAGCUCUGUUGAAUGCAGUCAGAGCUUGUGGGGGGAGUUUUUGAGGCGGGAGAAUGGCCAGAAGUCACCUCGGCCCACCCCCUCAAUUCCAGAUGAGCCUGGGAGAUCCAAAUCUGGGAAGACAAGGGACGUCCCCAAGGACGGAGGGCAGAGCAAGUGUCCAAGGCCUGUGGAGGAGGAAGGACAGGAGGAAUGGCGCCGGGGGUGCGGUGAUGGGAACGCAGGGUUUCCCCGGGCUGGCUUACCAGCCACUGAAGGUCCCUGAGGAGUUUUCUCUUGCUCCCAAGGACAUCCGGCUUCCCAGGAGAGAAUGGCUCAGCGAGCAAGUCUAUGGGUCCAUGCACCCUGCGGGAGUGGUUUGCCACCUUCACGGUGUGGAGGAGCUGGAGAGUAAUGCAGAGCCACCCAGGGGUGUGGAUGAGCUCCCUGCAAACCAGGGCUUGCAGAUUGCUCGCCCCUGGGCGCGCUGGCUCCCCCGGGCACGGGACUGGCUAUCUGGAGGAGCUAACUGGACGCUCUGCGCGCCCCCGAGUGUAGGAGUGCAUUUCAGGCGCUUCUGAGAAAGCACGUGGUGGGCGCAGCAGAGGGAGGCGUGGGGGCCUGCUUGCUCACCGCUUGGCCCAAGCCCCGCGGUGGAGAGAGAAAGUGAAAGAGAACAAGAGCCGCCGCAGCAGGCAGUGGACCGUGUGCCGCCAUGGAGUUGGGGCCACUGGAAGGCGGGUACCUGGAGCUUCUCAACAGCAAUGCUGACCCUUUGCAUCUCUACCACUUCUAUGACCAUGUGGACUUGGCUGGAGAAGAAGAGAUCGAGCUCUGCUCAGAACCCGACACGGACACCAUCAACUGCGAACAGUUCAGCAGGCUGUUUGACAUAGAAGGUGAUGAAGAGACCAGAGAGGCUUAUGCCAAUAUCGCGGAACUGGACCAGUACGUGUUCCAGGACUCCCAGCUGGACGGUCUGAGCAAGGACAUCUUCGUCGAGCACAUAGGCUUGGAAGAAAUGAUCGGUGAGAGCGUGGAAGCGCCCGAGGAAGUGGGGCAGAAAAGACCCUUCCCAGAGGAGCUGCCGGUGGACCGGAAGCACAGGAAGCUAGCCGAGCCCCCCACUGUGCCCAUGGUGACUGGCACUUUCCUGGUGGGGCCAGUGAGUGACCCCUCGACUCUGCCCUGCCCGUCGCCGGCUGCUCUGUUUAACAAGGAGCCAGCAUCCGGCCAGACCCGGCUGGAAGAAACCGUCCUGAUGCCCGCGCCCCCCUCCACUUCCUUGCUGAGCUGUUUGAGUCUCCCCGCCGGGCCCAUUCAGAUCAUCCCCACUCUCCCCACUCUGCCCCAGGGGCUCUGGCAAAUCUCAGGGGCUGGGACCGGGGUCUCUGGUGUAUUCAUCUACCAAGGCGAGCUGCCCCAGGCUAGCCAAGCGCCCCCGCCCAGCAGCCCAGCUGUCCGCAGCCUCCCGAAGUCCCCAGACCGGCCCGGUUCCACCAGCCCCUUUGCCCCAUCGGCAGCUGACCUUCCGGGCAUGCCCGAACCAGCCCUGACCUCCCGUGCCCACGUGACCGAGGACCAGGUGUCGCCCACCCGAUGCCAGGCAGCUCACGAGGGCUCCAGCAAGCCUCCAAAAUGGCCCGAGAACGUGGAGAAGUUCUACCGCUCGCUCCAGGACAGGUACCAGGCCGAGCCCGCAGGCCCGGACGGCAUCCUGGUGGAGGUGGACCUGGUGAGGGCGCGGCUGGAGCGGAGCAGCAGCAAGAGCUUGGAGAGGGAGCUGGCCACCCCAGACUGGACAGAGCGGCAGCCGGCCUGCGGGGGUCUGGCCGAGGUGCUGCUGGCUGCGGGCGACCGCCGGCGGCCGCGUGAGACGCAGCUGAUUGCCGUGCUCGGCAAAGCGGGACAUGGGAAGAGUCGCUGGGCCCAGGCAGUGAGCCGGGCCUGGGCCUGCGGCCGGCUGCCGCAGUAUGACUUUGUCUUCUUCUUCCCCUGCCGCUGUCUGGACCGUCCUGGGGACGCCUACCGCCUGCAGGACCUCCUCUUCUCCCUGGGCCCACAGCCACUGCCCGUGGACGAUGAGGUCUUCAGUCACAUCUUAAGGAGGCCGGACCGCGUGCUGCUCAUCCUGGAUGCCUUCGAGGAGCUGGAAGCUCACGAUGGCUUCUUGCACAGCGUGUGUGGACCCGUGUCCCCGGAGCCGCGCUCCCUCGGGGGGCUGCUGGCGGGCCUGUUCCAGCGCAAGCUGCUGCGUGGCUGUACCCUGCUGCUCACGGCCCGGCCCCGGGGCCGCCUGGCCCAGAGCCUGAGCAAGGCUGACGCCCUGUUCGAGAUGGCCGGCUUCUCAGCCGAGCAGGCCGAGACCUACGUGAGGUGCUACUUCGAGCUUUCGGGGGACAGUGAGCAUCAGGAGAGAGCCCUGGAGCUCCUGCGGGGCCAGCCGUUUCUGCUCGGUCACAGCCACAGCCCCACGGUGUGCCGGGCCGUGUGCCAGCUCUCCGAGGCCCUCCUGGAGCGGGGCGACGAGGCCGAGCUGCCCUCCACGCUCACCGGACUCUACGUUGGCCUUCUCAGCCCGGCAGCCCGUGACAGCCCCCCAGGGGCGCUGGUGGCGCUGGCCAGGCUGGCCUGGGAGCUGGGCCGCCAGCACCACGGCACCGUGCGCGAGGGCCAGUUCCCGUCGGCGGAGGUGAUGGCCUGGGCUGUGGCCAAAGGCUUGGUGCAGCCCAUCCCGGGGGCCCCGGAGCCUGAGCUGGCCUUCUCCAGCUUCCUCCUGCAGUGCUUCCUGGGGGCCGUGUGGCUGGCUCUGAGCGGCGAGAUCAAGGACAAGGAGCUGCCGCAGUAUUUGGCCCUGACCCCAAGGAAGAAGAGGCCCUAUGACAACUGGCUGGAGGGCGUGCCGCGCUUUCUGGCCGGGCUGGUCUUCCAGCCUCGCGCCCGCUGCCUGGGAGCCCUGGUGGGGCCCGAGGGCACCACGCUGGCGGACAGGAAGCAGAAGGCGCUCACCAGGUACUUGAAGCGGCUGCAGCCGGGGACGCUGCGCGCAGGGCGGCUCCUGGAGCUGCUGCACUGCGCCCAUGAGGCCUUGGACGCUGGGCUCUGGCAGCACGUGGUGCAGGGGCUCCCCGCCCACCUCUCCUUCCUGGGCACCCGGCUCACGCCUCCCGAUACCCACGUGCUGGGCAGCGCCCUGGAGGCGGCCGGCCGAGACUUCUCCCUGGACCUCCGCAGCACUGGUAUUGACCCCUCUGGACUGGGGAACCUCGUGGGACUCAGCUGUGUCACCCGUUUCAGGGCCGCCUUGAGUGACACAGUGGAGCUGUGGGAGUCCCUACAGCAGCGUGGGGAGGCCAAGCUACUCCGGGCGGCGGAGGAGAAGUUCACCAUCGAACCUUUCAAGGCUGAGUCCAUGAAGGAUGUGGAUGACCUGGGCAACCUCGUGCAGAUCCAGAGGACAAGAAGUUCCUCGGAAGAUGUGGCUGGGGAUCUCCCCGCUGUCCGGGACCUGAAGAAGCUGGAGUUUGCGCUGGGCCCCGUCCUGGGCCCCCAGGCUUUCCCCAAGCUGGUGAGGAUCCUCGAGGCCUUUUCCUCCCUUCAGCAUCUGGACCUGGACUCGCUGAGCGAGAACAAGAUCGGGGACGAGGGUGUCGCUCAGCUCUCGGCCACCUUCCCGCAGCUGAAGGCCCUGGAGACGCUCAACCUGUCCCAGAACAGCAUCACCGACGUGGGCGCCUGCAAGCUCGCCGAGGCCCUGCCCGCGCUGGCCACGUCCCUCCUCAGGCUGAGCUUGUACAAUAACUGCAUCUGCGACGUGGGAGCCGAGAGCCUGGCGCAUGUGCUUCCAGACAUGGUGUCGCUGCGGGUGUUGGAUGUCCAGUACAACAAGUUCACGGCCGCCGGGGCCCAGCAGCUCGCGGCCAGCCUGAGGAAGUGCCCGCACGUGGAGACGCUGGCGAUGUGGACACCCACCAUCCCAUUUGGCGUCCAGGAACACCUCCAGCAGCUGGACUCCCGGAUCAGCCUGAGAUGAUCCCAGCCGUGCCCGGGACAAGCACCUUCUCUGAGGACACUGACCACGCUGGACCUUGGUCUGGUUAUCUGGGGACACAGCUCUUCCUGGCUGUAUCCCAUGAGCCUCGGCGUCCCGGCUCGGCGUCAGCCCCGUCCAGCUGCGGAAGGACCAGGGCCUGCUCUGCGGAUGGACUCGGGCCUGGCUCCAGGCUCCUUCGGGCUCAGGGCGAUGCCAGCCCUGCUCAGCCGCUGCGGCCCUGGCAGACAGGCGGGCGCCUAGUGGCAGCUGCAGUCCCCUAGGAGCCCUGGGGCACUCCCUGUGGGACACUCCAGACGGCGUGGCUGGGCCAGAGUCAGGGACGGAGGUGGCCACCCCUCUGCCUCCCGGAUGCCUGCAGCCUGGGGAGGAAGCCCUUUUCCACGUUGCCCUCCUCACAGGCACCCCCGGUCUGCUCGUUCCAGGCGCCAGGCCGGGACUCGGUGGCAGCUGCUUUCUGGCUGUGGGACUCACUGUUUGCACUAACUUUGUUGGCUGAGGCCAAGCUAGGCCUGGCCAGAUGCACUGGACCUUCGCACAAAACGGCGGACGGUACACUAACGGGGGGGGGGGAGAUGGACGGGAGCCACGUCUGCGGGUCCUCUGUCACUCCCUGUGCCUCCACUACAUGAUAAACGUCUCGUUGCCUCCCCCGCAGGCUGGUGCUGCAGUUUCUCCCACCAUCACCGUUUCGGGCGCCCACUGCCCCGGUUGUCUGACGGAUCCCAGACCAGCCCAAACACACGGCCUUAAAACGGCACACACGUCAGUUCUGCGCACGCACCUGCGGUCUGGGCGGGCUUGGCAGGCUGGCUCAUCUGCCCCUUAGUGUCAGCUGCGGCCUCGGCAGGCUCGUUUGCUCCCACGGCUGGCACUCGAUGCGGGCCGGGGGCGGGGGCUACACUACAGUUCCUCAAAGGGACUGUUAGAGGAGACGGGGACCUCUCCACGUGGGCUGGUUUGGGCUUCCUCACAGCAGUGGCUGGGUCUCCGGGUGGUCACCCAAAAAGGGAGGAGUGAGAGACCGCAAGAGAGAAAGCGUAUCCUUUUAUAAUCCAGCCUUAGAGGCCACACAGCACUUCUGCCAUGUUCUCUGUCCAGUUUGACAGGGGCUGUCACUCUCCUACCCCACCCCCAAUGCACACACACACACACAGCAGAGUCCACCCCCUGACACAUACACACACACACACACACA